AUGGAGCACAGAGCUGAAGGCCAACGGUCUGUUCAAGGACCUUCCAAUUCCAAUAAUGCUAAUAACAGACUUUUGGAGGUCAAUGAGUUGGGUAGUGUGAGGCCUGUGAACUUUUCAAUUCAGACCGGUGAGGAGUUUGCUCUUGAAUUUAUGCGAGACCGUGCAAACUCUAGGAAGGUCUCCACUCAACUUGCAUCUGGAGAUCAAAGCAAUGCUGCUGGAUACAUGGACUUGAGAGGAAUUCUGGGCAUUUCCCAUGGAGAAUCUGAAAGUGGAUCUGACGUUUCAUUGUUUGCUUCAGCAGAGAAAGGCUGGGCAACAGAUUUAGGUAACAAAAGCCUGCUUUCCUCUGAAAAUAAGGGUCACUACAAAUCUGCUCAAUCCACACAAUUUACGUCAUCAGCUGAUGGCAGCAAUCGUGGGAAUCCUCAUGGGUAUGCCUCUUCUGGGGCUUCUGACACAUUUUCGUCGAAGAAGUUUCUAUGUAGUUUUGGUGGUAAAAUUUUACCCCGACCGUCUGAUGGAAAGCUCAGGUAUGUAGGGGGCCAAACGCGUAUGAUUCGAAUUAACAAGGACAUCUCUUGGCAGGAAUUUGUUCAGAAGAUAUCAGCAAUUUAUACCCAAGCUCAUACAAUUAAAUAUCAGUUACCAGGUGAGGAUCUUGAUGCAUUGGUGUCUGUUUCUUGUGAUGAAGAUUUGCAGAAUAUGAUGGAGGAAUAUAGUGUCCUAGAUGGUGGUGAAGGAUCGCAGAAACUCAGAAUAUUUCUCUUCUCUCCUGGUGAUUUUGAUGAUUCGCAGUUUGGUCUUGGCAGCAUGGAGGGAGAUUCUGAAAUCCAGUAUGUAGUUGCUGUUAAUGGCAUGGACCUUGGCUCUGGAAAGAUUUCUAAUGGUCAUGAUCCGCUCAGUAUGUCAACGAACAAACUAGAUCUACUGAACCUUAAUAGUAAUGAUGAUAAGGCAACAAAAAGGUCUGAUUUGGAGCUGUUUGGGGCUGGUGGUACUCCCAUGGUCGAUACACUCACUACACAAUCUUCUGUGUCUGUCCCAGCGGGUUUGCCAAAUGACAGCAAGGAUCAGAGAAUUCGUCUUGAGGAAGUUCAGCAAUGCUUUCCCCCUAAUAGAAAUAAUGCUUAUGACGAGGUCAGUAAUACUAACAGCAGGUUUCCUAUGCCGCCAUCUUUGCCGUCUGACUAUGACUACAUGGCCAGUUAUGGACCAUAUGGUGGAGCAUCUGUUGCAAUGCCAGCCCAUGAACUUCCUCCGCCUUCUAAACAAGGGGGUGCAACUGAAGACCUUUAUGGUAGUUUUCAAACAGAGAAAGAAAUGUCAGGAAAAGAUGCCAAGUUACAAGUUGAGGCAACUGUCCCCCAGAAGUCUGAAGGUGAACAGAUUGGAUCACUGGACGCUGAGUUAGACACAGUGCAUGCUCAUCAGCACGAGGAACUCUCCUCUGAGCACUUACGAGCAGAGGAGUCCUAUCAUUCUUUUUUCCAAGAAUAUAAAACAAUUCCGAUGGGUUCGAAAGUCAAGGGUCAUUCUGAACCUGAAGGUCCUGAGCGAAAAUUGUCGCCACUUGAAUCAGGGAAUGAUAGCCAAAUUCGUGGAUCAAAUGAUGGAGGUCUUGACGCAUCUGGUGAAGUCCAAACUUCUGGGUUUUCUCCUAAUGAAACUGAUGUGAAAGAUAUCAGCCACAGUGAUGGACCUUCACGUCUUUUCCGUAUUUUCCAUUCUGAGACAAUCCCCCGUGGUCAGUCUGAUUUAGCUAAUCGAUUAUCGAAAUCUGAUGAUUCCAUUGGUUCUCAGUUUCGGAUACCUCAUCCACAUGCCGGUCUGCCACAGCAAGAGACAAUAUCUGAAUCUUUAAAUCAGUUGCAUGAAAGUAACCCAGUUUCCCAGUCCGAAGCUGCUACCCGCAAGCAAUCAUACCUUAGUGUGACAACUGUUGAAGAUGGUUUGCUGCAGUUUGAAAAAUACAAGGAGAUGGCUGAUGCUAUUGUGCAAACACAUCAAGUCGAGACUGAAUUGGCAAACGAAGAUCUUAACAUUGCAAGUCCAACCCAUCUUCCUAUGUUGCCGGACAAUGAUUUAACUGAUCAGAGUAGGCGUGACUCAGAAGAAGGAAUGGGUGUCCAUGGAGUGCAGGCAACAGUUGUGCAAAACGAAUCUGUCGGUGAGGGUCAGAGCUUUACAAUUGGAAAGAAGCUUCAGAAAUCUGAGUUCCCGAAUGUUAUAUUAGCUUCUUCUGAUGAAAAAGGGAAUGCUAAUGAUGAUAUGAUCUAUCUUGAUGGUGGUACUAGAAUACCAUUGGAUAGUUUCAUGUCUGAUGGUGCCAGUGGGAAACCGAAAGUUCAAUCUGAAGAGCCAUCCAUUGGUAAAUCUGAGUCAACUGUAACCACAGGAAUUGGAAAUUUUUCCAAGAAGCAGGAUGACCAUGCUUCCAGUUUGUCUGAACUUCACUGGGGGGAAAUUUCAACAGCAUCUGUGUAUGCUAACGAUUCCCGAGGACAAUUUCUAACCACACAAUUUGCUUGGCCAGGGAACUCUGCUGGAACUGUUUCUCAGGCAGAAUCGUCUGGUUAUGAUGCUAAGUCACAGCAUAGGGACAUAUGCAUUGACAUUGAUGAUCGAUUUCCUCGUGAUCUGCUCUCUGAUCUUUUCUCUAAAGCUAGAAUCACCCAAGAUUCUUCAACUAUGCAUACUAUACGCAACGAUGACAUUGGGCUUAGCUUGGACAUGCACAAUCCUGAACCCAAGCGCUGGUCUUUCUUCCGGAAUUUGGCACAAGAUGAAUUCAACCAUACUCGUAAAGAUGUUUCUCUUAUUGAUCAAGAUCAAAUUCCUUACACAUCUUCUCUAGCAAAUGUGGAGAAUGUAGGGCAUAUGACAUACGAGUUUUCAGACAGGGAAAUCUUUAAUGCAUCUCAACUUGACUUUGAUGGAGACAUACAUGGACCAUCUGGUAAUGUCAGUGAUGCUGUCUCAUUAUCACAUAUAUAUAUGCCAACUCAGGCCAUUUCUCAUCAUAAUGCUGAUAAAGGCGAUGGUGUGCAAACUGAAAUUCAUUUGACUCCUCUGUCAGAGUAUGAGGUAGUUUCCUUUUGCCUCGAAAACUUUUAACGUUCAUCUGGUCUUGUAUGAGGAAUCAUAAUGAUCCUCUUAGAUUUCAGUUAGACACUUAUAACUCAGUUAAGAUUCCAGUAUCAUUGUAUAUCCACAACAUGAAGGUGAACUUGUCCUCAUAAUGAGUAAGUUGGCUAUCAUAGCCCAUUUCUUGAAAAAAUCUAGGAGGACGAGGAUCUUUGGAUCCAUGCUUUGGAAACACAUUAGCUACUCUCGUACGUUCUGGUAUUUGCUUAUUAACUAACUACUGAUUCCGUUCAGUACAGCCCUCAACACACUCACUACCAUUUCCACUGCAAAUAACCGAAUAGAUUUUCUUACAAUUACCAUAUCCACUGUGAAACACAGAUUUCUGCAUAUUGCCACAGUCGUUGUCAACAAACAUCAGUCUCUACUACCACCCGUAACAUGCUGCCCUCAAUUGUUACUGGUGUUGCUGCUUGCCACUUUUGUUCCUCUUGCACCCUAAAAGCUGGCAGGAACCGUCAUGAACAACCUUCAAUACCAGCUGCCAUUAUCAUCAUUGACUAACACUUCCACUAAAUGCCAUUGUCAGCUUCAACCAUCGUCAUCACUUCCAGUGAUCAACCCUAUCUGUUGGUGUUGCCGUCUUUCAUUGUUCAUCACCUGCUGCCACUUGUCACCAAACUGCUGUACAAUCACAAUUUUGGUGCUUUUUUCCAGUUGCCUGACCUGUCGCUGCACUAAUUACCACUAUCACAGCUUACCAUUUCUAAAACUGUCAUCAUCUUUCAAAUGCUUAUUACCAGGUUGUAAAUUUCAAUGUUUUAAAAUUGAUUUGGGUUAGUAUUUCGAAACAUAUAGUUUCAGAAAGUUCAGUUAUCUCACAUUUCUAACUUCUAAUAAUUUUUAUCAAUACAAUCAUAAUAUAAACACGAAUAUCAGAUUGCAUACUUUCGAUUUCAGUGCCAUCGAGCACUGUUUUUAUAGUUAAAAUUAAAUUACCCCUUGUUGCUUACAGGACAUGAAGUUGGACUUCGGCAAUAUUGGUGGGCCAGCUAUUGAUACCUCUUUGGGUGAUAUUGAUCUGAGCAAUUUGCAGGUUCUUUUUUUUGUCUUAAACUGCUAUCCACAUGUCCAACUUUCUACGAUUUUGCUAAAGAAAUUUGAUGAUUGUAAAAUUUCAGCUGCUUUAAAAGAGGAUAAAAGUAGAAGAUAAAAGUGUUGUGUCCUUCCGACCUGACCUGAUCCUAUUUUUAUUUACAGUGAUAGGUCAUAUUUUCCUUGAUUUAGUGCCUUACUGAGUGACUCACUUUUUUUUUUUUUGAAGAAUUAUAACUUCUUCAAAUUAUUUGUGUUUAGUAAUAUGUCGAGUGUAGCACAAACGUUAUUUUGUGUAGCAUCAAAUGGCUACCUGGUAUGUAGAGGAUUUCUUCUGAAGUCAAGUAUAAUCAGCGACUUCCCAUGUGGAUUCUCACUUAGAAUAACCAGCAGAGUUGGCCAUUUAGCACAGCUGCUGAAGUUUUUUCUCCCAAAUUGUUUCUUGCCAUCCAGUUACUAUCUGAAAUGGGCAACCGAUGAGAUAAUGAUAGGAUCUCAAAUCAAAGAACGACGAACUAUUCUUAUUAGAUGAAAGCAAUCUCUUGAACAGAAACAAAUAAAGAUAAAGAAACAGUAGAAGAACCUAGAACAGAUGGGAGGGUCGCAUACAACCCUCCAAUCUCCCUCUUAGAUCCAUGAGAUACUAUCACCGAUUUCCUCCUCCCUCCCCUUCCUGCUCCUCCUGUCCCUAUAUACUCUCCUUCUCUUCGCCCCAUUUAGGCAGUUAUUCUCUUCUCAUAACUGCUCCUUGCCAUAACUGCGCCUUUCCUGAAUCAUGCUGACCGUUACUGACUUAUUGGGCUUUGGGCCUUCUUCCUUCUAGAAUGUGCGUGGAGGCUUAUCAGAUAAUAAUCAAAGGUUUAAUAGAUUGCCAUUGAGUAUGUUUCGUUAUGUUUGCUCUGUUGCCAACUAUGGGAUAAGUGAAGCAACUUUUGGCACCAUGUUUUUUUUAUAUUUUUGGUGGAAAGCAAAUCUUCUUUGAUAAUGGAAAAAAGUAAGGCAAAAUGCUUUAUGCAUAUGUUGCCAAAAAGAGACGAUUUUUACAUGAUCAAAUGGUGUAAAUCCCACCCAUUUUUCAAGCAAUGGAUAGAGCUUAGACUUCAUCCUAGAUCUCACACAGAGGUACGUGACAUUGCGUCCUCAGAGGAAGCUGAGUCUGCAGAUCGGUCGCCACAAUUCAGUUAAUGAAAAAGAUACUGAGCAGUUCUCAGUGUUAGCAAUGCCAUUAUUCGUAUCUAGGAACUUAUUAUUCCUCGCCCACCAAAUGGCCCAUUGAAUAUCAUGAAGGAGCAUGCAGUCUGUAGGUGGACCGGAUAAGAAGACUUCCAUCAGUUCACAGGUUGAAAAUCCUCUUGAUAUCCCUUGGUUUCCCAAGGCCGGUAGCAUUCCCAGAAAAUACAAGCUCAGUCAACAGAUAACCCACUAUUUCUGUCCAGAAUCUAGUGCUGACAGCUUGGGUCUAUUCGUCAAAUAAAAGGCGUUAUUGAUUGCCACUGGAAAGGCCUUCAUUUGCACGGGCUCAUUUCACCACAUCAAUCAAUCAAUCCGUUGCACAGGAUUGCACGGAGUUGGCAUCUUUGGCUCUCAUUUCCAUUUCCUAUCAUUCUCUGAACAGUUUCCUGCCAGAUUUUGUGCUGAAGAGGAAUACCACAUCUUCCUUCUCUUUAAGGUCCCUUUCAAAUGAGUAUAGAUUUUGUUUCUUGCUUUGCUUUGCCUUUAUUUAUAGAUAUCUGGUGCGAACAGUUGAAUUUAGACGCCAGACAUUUAUCCGAAAGACAAAUUCGGCGAUCCCUUAAUUUACUUUUGUAAAAGGUUCAAAAACAUAUUUAUACUUGUGAAUGUUUCUCUGCCCAUUAAAAAAUAAGCGAAGACAUUUGAGUAAUGCUAUGUUCCUGGCUUCUCGUAUGUCAUUUACUUUUGAUUAUCCUCUCCCCAGAGCUUCUCCUAUCCUGGCGUCAUCUGACUCGAUAAAAGAGUUUUAUUGAAAUUGGUAAUAUUUACUUUACUUCGGGCUACUUGAUGCAAACCCACUCUGGUUUGAAAGUUUUUCUCAGACACAAUCAUCCCAAGUACAAUGCAAAGUUUCUUUUGGUUCUUCUUUGGUCAUCGACAUCAGUUUCAAAGAAAAAUAUACCGUUUGCAUAUGCUGAAUGCGUUGGACUCGUGCUGUGUCUCCUUAAGCCUAAUAGAAGACUAGUAUUGCCAGGUUUUGAUGUAAUUAUAAUUCAGGUUUUAUUUCACUAAGCAAAGUAAAUCAGAGAAGAUCCCUCUCAGCUGCACCAAUUCUGUUCCAUCCUUUCAUCCAGUACUUCCUGCCCAGACCACUUUCCUCCAUCUCCUUCACUCAUCAAAGGAUUUAAAUUUGUAGUGGAAAGUAAAAUGGAAAUGGGAGCUGUCCUUUUUCUGUGUAACACUGGAAGAGUGCUUUCAGAAGAUUAGAAGGAUCAGAAUCAGGUCGGGAUCUAUUUUGGAUGCCCUUUCCUGUUCCCUUUCAACAACGAACCUGGGAUGCCCGUUCCAACCUCACAAGAUAAUCCUUGCUAAUUUUUGAUCUAUUUCAUUACUUUGGGGCCAUCACAGAAAGUAUUCUGUCAAAUUUGAUAUAAGCUCUGAAAUUUUCGUUUUGUGUUCCAUCUGUUAUAGUUCUUUGUCCUUCUUAACAUUAUUGUGUUUAUACCUAAUAAACAGAAAAUAAAGAAUGAGGAUCUCGAAGAGCUGAGGGAAUUAGGUUCUGGCACAUUUGGGACUGUCUAUCAUGGUAAGUGGAGGGGCACUGAUGUUGCCAUUAAGAGAAUAAAGAAGAGCUGCUUCACUGGUCGAUCAUCUGAGCAAGAGAGAUUGGUAAGCUUCCAGACUAAUUACAUUUCUUAAUCCCAAAUUGGGAUGCCAGUUUCAAAUGAAAAAACCGAAACCGCAUUUCAUGAUCAAGAAGAAUAAAUUUAUUCUUUCCGAACUGAAAUAGGUGGAAGCGUUUUUUGCUUGAAAUUCUUCUGCGCGUUUUUCUUUCUAUUAUUCUUCUCUCAGGAAGAAACUUUGCAUAAAGCAUCUUUAAUCUUUCGUCAUGUAUCGUUUUGACUUUUUUGAUGCCUAUGAUUCAGACACUCAGGUCAGGUUGAACUAGACAUCAGAAACAUUGGUUUUCUUGACUGAAAAGCUUCAUGUCUAACUCCUAUUUUUCAUAUACUGCCAGCAGUUUGUCUGGACUAAACGCUGAUUCGCUCAAUUUGCUAUGCUUUAGGUUAGCCAUCUUGAGACAUGUCUAUAUCAGGCGUAUGCCAACUAAAUAAAAAAAACAAUUUAGUAUUUCCAAUUCAGGAAAAAUGCAUGCCAAUUUUUUGGAGAUCCGUAAGCUCAGGAUUGGAUUCUUUUAUGAAAUUUCACUGUCACCUCCGUCGAAUUUGGUAUAUCAUUAUUUCACGGAUCAUAAUGUUUUUUCCCAAGUAAUGGCUCAGAUUCUGCUAAAACAUGUGUUUUGAACACCAUUUGAGACUGAAAGUCCUGUGUUAUUUGCAUAACCAAAAGAUAAAGCGCAAUGUUGGCCUUUUUUUUUUCUAUUUCAUCCUCUUUAUAUGUAAUAAAGUAUCACUUCUCAGACUGUGGAAUUUUGGCGGGAAGCUGAAAUUCUCUCAAAACUUCACCAUCCCAAUGUGGUGGCUUUUUACGGUGUUGUUGAAGAUGGACCUGGCGGCACCCUUGCCACUGUGACCGAAUUUAUGGUCAAUGGUUCUCUUAGGCACGUUUUACUGCGCAACUACAGGUAUAACCUUUCGAGACUUUUGCAGAUCGAAGUUAUGGUACAUGUACUCAAGACUAAGUUACUCCAUUGGGGAUGACAGGUACCUUGAUCCUCGUAAGCGGCUGAUAAUUGCAAUGGAUGCAGCCAUCGGAAUGGAAUAUUUGCACUCUAAAAAUAUUGUGCAUUUUGAUUUAAAGUGUGAUAACUUGCUUGUGAACCUCAAAGAUCCUCAGCGGCCUAUUUGCAAGGUAAAUCACUCUUUCUUUACAUUCUUUAAUUUCUUAUAGUGACCUUUUCUAUUGUUAAUUUUUUGCUGGAUGGUAUUUUGUUCUUGUUACUGGCUGGACUUUGAUUGCAUGCUUAUUGAAACAUUUUUUUUAUGGUGCAGUUGCGCACAUUCUUGACUAGUUUGAGCGUAGCAAAUUGGUUGUGUGUACAUGUGAUGGAGUACUUGCUGAUGAUGUAUUUAAUUUUCUUGUUUAGGUAGGUGAUUUUGGUUUGUCGAAGAUCAAACGUAAUACCCUGGUUUCUGGUGGAGUAAGAGGAACAUUGCCAUGGAUGGCUCCAGAAUUAUUGAGCGGCAGCAGCAGCAAAGUAUCUGAGAAGGUAGUGCUUCCUUUCAUUGAUCAAGAUGAUACUUAAUAUCUAAAAAAUUAUUCUGAGUUUUAAGCGUCUUUUAAGAUGUCUGCAUGAUAUGAUAAGAUAUCGAAGAAGAGUUGACAGCAACUAUGGAACAACUAUUCUGUAGCAGUUUACUGUUAUUAUGGUUGACAACCAUUUUCAGUCAAGAAUGCAUUAUUGAAUGUGUGGGAUUAAUUGAGUCCUCUACACUCACUGAGAGUUGCAUGUGUGAAUCAUUUGCUGAGAGUCAAGUCAGCUAUUCUCAGUCUGGAUAUGCCAUCUUUUUAGAAGGUGAAGAGGUCUCACUAGAAUCGUCACUCUUCUUAAAGCCCUUCAAGGUGGCUUGCUGGAUUCGUUGGAAUCACAGGAAGGAAGAAGAGGAAGAAAAAGAAGAGAAGGACGAGGAAAAUAGGAAGAUUAUUCUCUACUGCUGAUCCUCUAUUUUUCUUCAUUUUCUUCUGUUCUUUCUCCUCUUCAUCUUCACCCUUGCUUCUUUUGUUGUUCUCAUGACCUGGGUGAUCUGGAUCACAUUGUAUUUGUGUUCAAAAAGAUGCACAGGAAUCAAGAUGCAUCUUUAAAAAUUAUAGCGAUCGGGAUUUCGUUCUUAAAUAUUUGUAGAAAUUAUCUUAGAAAAGAAUAUAUAUAUUUUAUUUUUUCUGCUCUUUUCCUGGGUUUAAAGAUUUCUUCUGAGUUGGAUUUAUAUGAUCGCCUCUCAAAGGAUCCAGUAGAUUAUAUCUCAUAAUGAUGGUAAAAAAGUUGCUCUCCAAAGCAAUUCUUCAAAUCAAGGUGUCAAAACCGCAUACUUCAAGUUGCAGAAAUUCAAAUUCAUAUUUACAGAGUUAAAUUCAUCAUUUUUUGAUUUUCUUGGCCUACUUUACUGGUUUUUCCUGUUAGAGGUAGGAAUGUAGCUAAGUAUUCACCAGGUAGUACUAAACCCUCCAUUCAAUUAUUUUUCAAACGUGGAAAUGUUUUUCAUAGUAGGGUUGAAAUCAAAGUUGUUGUCUUGGAUCAUGCUUAUAUAGAAUUGAAUACAUAGAUUAUAAUAUAAGUAAGUUAUAUUAUUGCCUUUUCUUACGCAUUAGAGCAAAUUCUUGUCUGGUUUUCAGAAUUUAUGAUGCUAUGACCCGCAGGUGGAUGUAUUUUCCUUUGGUAUUGUAAUGUGGGAGAUUCUUACCGGCGAGGAACCUUAUGCAAACAUGCACUACGGUGCAAUCAUAGGUACGGAGUAUAAUACCCAUUUGCCUUUAAUAGUUUCAGAAUGGGGAAGACUGAAAUAUUCUGUGUGUGUGGUGGGGGGCGCAUUUGGAAACAGAAGUCUCCUCUGUAUAUAUACACGUCUGCUAAAUCUUCUUCUUCUUCAUCAUCAUCAUCAUCAUCUUCUUCUUCUUCUUCUUCUUCUUCUUACUUGGGACUCAGGAGGAAUCGUCAGCAAUACCUUGAGACCACCUGUUCCGGCUUCCUGCGACCCGGAGUGGAGGCGGCUCAUGGAGCAAUGCUGGGCACCUGAUCCUGUGCAGCGGCCGUCAUUCACGGAGAUUGCAGGCCGCCUCCGGGCGAUGUCCGUCGCCCUUCAGCACAAGACCCACAAUGCAAAAUGA